AUGGGAAACCAGACCAGAGUGACUGAAUUCAUGCUCGUGGGGUUGACGGGGGCCCUUAAGUGGCAGGCGGUGAUAUUCUUCUUUCUUUUUGUCACCUAUGUGCUGAGCAUCACCGGGAACAUGACCAUCUUCACCCAUGCCCUGCUGGACUCCCGCCUCCACACCCCUAUUUAUUUCUUCCUGCGGUACUUCUCCUUCCUGGAGAUCUGCUUCACCACCUCCUGCAUUCCCAGAAUCCUGGCCACCAUUGCUACCGGAGACAGAACCAUUUCCUUUUCCAACUGCUUCACUCAACUGUUCUUCCUCAUCUUCCUGGGGGUGAUGGAGUUCUUCCUACUGACCGCUAUGUCCCACGACCGCUAUAUCGCCAUCUGCCGGCCGCUGCACUAUACGACCGUCAUGAGCCAGAGUGUCUGCGCCUUGCUGGUCCUCUGCUCCUGGCUAACCGGGUUCCUGUUCGUCUUUCCACCUAUUAUCCUUGGCCUCCAAUUGGAUUUCUGUGGCUCGGUAGAUAUUGACCAUUUCUUCUGUGACAUCUCCCCUCUGCUCCUGCUCUCCUGCUCGGACACCGGGCUCCUGAAGAUGAUGGCUUUCGUCUUUGCAGUGGGGACACUCCUGUUCACCUUGGCGUUAGUGGCCAUGUCCUACAGUGCCAUCACCCGAGCCAUCCUGAGACUGCCCUUUGCUCAGCAGGGGAAAAAGGCCAUUUCCACCUGCCCCUCCCACAUGGUCGUAGUCUCCAUCGCAUAUGGCAGCUGCAUCUUUAUGUACAUCAAACCGUCCACCAAGGACAGGGUGGACCUGACCAAGGGGGCGGCUGUGUUGAACACUUCCGUGGCCCCCAUUUUGAACCCUUUCAUCUACACCCUGCGGAACAAGCAGGUCAAGCAGGCCAUCAGGGACCUGGUGCACCGUGUUCGAUUUUCCUUCAGGAGGUGA